GCUUUUGCUGCUAUUCCAUUUUCUAUUUCUGGAACAUGUAUGAAUGGCAAAGCAGAAACAAACGAGGACUUCGCUCAUUUUAGAAGCACGGCUAUUUGAACCUUUACCACGUGAUGUACUGACCGCCACAAUGCCUAAUAUUUUGCCAUCUACCAAAAGAUAGUGCCGAGAUACAGCUUUCAUCCCCUCCUCCAGCCCGAAUCCCAUCUCCAUCCCCGUCUCCCACUAUCUCCACACAACUAUCCCGCAUCGAAGCGCCAUCAAAAUGGAGGUAGCCAAGAAUCCUAUAGUCGAUAUUGUGAGGCUGGCUCCUCCCAAUGGUGACCCGCCUACGUAUGUGCAAUUCAUAGAUAAGGUAUUCAUCGAAGACCAACCCUCACCAGAGCUGCGUGUGGAACUCUUGACACUUCUCGAAGAUCUUUUGCAAAAUAAGGGACUCGCAGAUCUCAUAGGCUGGGAUCUUGUGCCUACGUUAAUUGAUAUUCCGGGCUCAGAAUCUUGCUUAAUCACGAUUGCACGACUUGCCAAUCCUCGCGAAGUUCUAAUAUCGGUCCUGGCAGAAUUGAAAAGGCUAGACCUAGAUGGAAUUGAAGAUGACUGGCAUGGGGGAGAAGCUGGUGUAGAAGAUCAGAAUAAAACAGCUAUAUCGAACGACCUCGAUCGAUUCUGUUUCAUACUUAGCCUUCUUUCCAUCAUUCACCCUCGAAUCAAAACCAAACAUCCUUCACGCUUUUUAGCAACUACCAUACAUGCCAUUGUGCAAGCGUUCCAUCCUUCACACCGAGCUGUCAUGGCAAUUGGCAAGUUUGCGCACAUAGUCUCUGGCAAGAAGCGACCUACAUUACCAGGACGAAAAUCCAGUCUCAGUAUCGCCAGCGUUAUGCGACCAGAGAUAGAAUCAAAUUUGCCUCCGGCACCCGACCCCGAAGCACAAGAAGAAGAUACGUCCGAAUCUGCCAUACAAAAGAAACUUUUGCAGGGACUUGUGACGCAUAUGCUGGAAAUGUACAUCGAUGUGUAUCCUUUAGAAUGGGCUGGAAGAUUGCAGGAAUCCUUUGAUCCAAAAAGAGUUGUAGCAGGUAGGACGAGUUUGGCAGAGGCAUUUCAAACCACGCCCGAGUAUCAAACUCGAGAGACAGUUGCUGGUCAGCUUGUGUCCCUUGCUCGCGAUCUCGAAUUGGCCAAUUACGAUCUUUUGUUCGAUACUAUCCAUUCACAAGAACCCAUUGCACAUGCUCCAAAUCCCGAAGAUGAUCUACCGGACUCGCCUGAAGACAUUCCGCUUUCCCCUGUUGGCUGUCUGUUCCUUCUUACUUCUUUCAUAUUCUCAUCCGUCAUGUUCAAGUCGAAGACACCAGAACCAGUCAUGUCUAUAUUCCCUGAUCAUGCCAAAUUGGUUGCCCGAUUUUUCGAAUCUGCGGCUGGCUCAUCUAUUGCCAUUGUUGAUGCAGUAGUUGCCAUUGGCUUAUGGCUAGAACAUUCCAAUAAAUUUGUAUCUGGAGAGUUCAAAGACAAUGACUAUAUGGCACAUCUAAGGGCUUUAUCAUUAUGGUCUGCCACAAACCCUUCUCCUGGCCUUCGUUAUUGUACCCACAAACUAACCUCUGCCAUUCUACAUGCCCAUCCUGUGGAUGCCAUGAGGUUGACUUUCAUCUCGAAGACACUGAAGGGAUCUUCGGAUGAAAUCGGCGCAAUCGCACUUAAGGCAUCUGCAAUUACAUGGCUUAAGGAAGAGUUAAUUACAGCUCAUGAGAGGAAGACACAAACACUUUUCUCUACCACCUCUGCACUUGUGGAGACACAAUCCCAAAUAUUCCCAAAUCUGUCAUCGCUCGUCGAUAAGUUUGAUGAAGAAUUGAGUGAUGAAUUGAUAGAGUCGUUCCCAGUCCACAUGGCCGCACUCAAUUUUCUAUUUUUCGUCGUAGGAGAGCAAUAUACAAAUAUCAUUCCUCCUGGAUUGAUGUCGCGAGUCGAGAACGAGUAUCUGACUCCAUUAAAGACUGCUCAAGAAAGUGCAUUGAAGUCUUUAGCCCUGGUCAACGAUACAGGAGCUCCACACAUGGAAUUUGAAUUAUUGGGCGAACAGAUCUCAAUGUGUUUGUCAAAACUUCAUGAGAAAUGAUUGAUGAUUGAUGAGGUAUGAUCAAUGUACAGGUGAAUGAAAGAGACGAUAGAAUUUCUUGUACCGUGGUUAAUCUGACCUCUUUAUCGGGAAGGUUUGGAGUAUGGAUACCUGGAACAUAUGAUUGCGAAUUGUUUGUUUAUUUACGAAGGAAUGAAAACCUAAGACUAUAGGCUAUUUUUGAGAUGUGCAUCUUUCCGUGAUAGUGAUGGUAAGUGAUUGGUUCAAGCAUGAUAGAAAUGAUCUCGCUUGGGUUUGACUGGGAAGUGAUUGGAUAAUUUGAAUAGAAAUUCUCUACCGGCGAUUGCUAGGGUACAUUUGAUGUAGACACUUGUAUAUCUCCAAUUAUCGAUUUAUUGAUUACAAAAGUAAAUCGUUCUUCAUGAAAGCUAGAUUUAGGCUAUUGGAAGUAUUCAGAGUAUUUGUGUCUUGCAGGGCAUUGUUUUCAUUGAGCACGCUUCACAUGACAUGGGGAAAGUUCAUGAUUCAAAACGACAGUA